AUGGACUUGAAAACAUUUCUCCAAAGCAACGUUGCCUUACCACCUCGUCCUAGGAGGAGACGACACAGUAUCGCUGACCUUCGUUUCGUGUAUAAUCUUCAUGAUAUUCCAGAAAGACCAGAGGAGGAGGAGGAGGUUGAAAAAGAACCGCGACGACGCUCAACGGGAAGUUGUGCAAAGAAUGAAAGGGAUAGAUCGGCUAGCGAGCCGCCCGAUAAUCGUUCACCCAAAGACUGCGAUAGCGCGGUUAUUAAUAUCCCUGGGAAUCCAUCCACUGAUUUUUCUGUAAGUCCAUCUGAGCUCACCAAGAACACAUCAAGAGAGGCGAAUGAAAUCGCAGCCUUUCCAUCUGGGGAUGAGGACAGAGGAGCAGCAUUUCAACGAUGCUAUAAGCGAUCUUCUAGUGUAGACGAAGAUGUUGUAAAAGAAGCUGUGUCUACCUACGUUCUUUCAUACACAGACGAAGAUGGUAACGUAAUAAGUGCUGAUGAAGUCUCUCCAUCAAACACAGGGUCAUCUUCUCCCAGCGAUGAAGAUUUAGGCAUGUCUGAGAUGUUAAGGAAAGUCGAGGCCCAAUCCCCAAUGACUCGAUCCAGACGAGGUAGUGCCAUAGACCAGGAUGUUGUUGAACGAAUCACUUGCCUGACACCUAUAGUAGAGUCUAGCCGCUCCAGCAGUUUGGCAAGCGUGGUGGCCAAUGUGAAUGGUCGUGAAAAUUCACCAGAGAACUGCAAUAAAAAUGAAAGAGCUAUUCUAGGAUCGAGCAAUAUAUCCCAAAAAAAUUUUGAUAAAAAUCAGGAAAUGCUCGAGAGGAUUAUCAAAUCUCCUAAUUUAACGAGAAGAGGAUCUAUUAGCGAAGUCCUUAACUCAUUGUCGGCUCAGGCUGAACUCGGCAGUGAUCCCGCGAGACAGAAUACCAAAGAGAAUGGCUGUGAAAAUUCAACAGGGGACUGUAAUAAAAAUGAGGGAGCUUUUCAGGGAUCGAACAGCACGUCUCCAAAAGUAUCUGAUAAAAAUCAGGAAAUACUCGAGAGGAUUAUCAAAUCUCCUAAUUUAACGAGAAGAGGAUCUUUAAGCGAAGUCCUUUGCUCAUUGUCACCACAGUUUGACCUCAGUAGCGAUCCCGCAAGACAGAAUACCAGAAAGGGCCCCUCUUCCCAUUUCGAGAACGAUUCGAACUUCAGGGCACAAAACGAUAAACCUGAGAAGCUCAUAAAUCCUCUGUCAAAAGGCAGCAAUGUAAUGCUUUCCCAACAGUCACCUGAACAGAAAAAAGGUCCUUGGAGUCCACUCUCUCCACUAAAAGUUAAUGCUGAGUAUUAUCAACAAUCAAAACUUCAGGAAAAAUGCGAUGUUAGUGGCACUUCACCCAAAGGUGUCGACAAACAGAAGGUCAUAUUGUCCAUGCCUGAAAAUGGAGCCGAAUGCGACCUCCCUAACAAAGACAAAGACAGUCUGCUUGGAAGGAUAAUUAAAAGUCCAUGUCUUACCAGGAGAGGCUCUAUCGGAAAUGUCCUUAACGUCUUGUCUCCAAGUCCAAUGAGAAAGUGUCCAUCGCCUUCACCCUUUAUAACCAAACGCAAUGCUGAAGAUGUUUGUUCGGACUCUACGAAGGCUCAAGAUGUGAAACAAUCGUCUGGUACACCCAAACCGAAAGGGCUAUUGGCAAUCGUUCAGAAACACGUGCUGAACCACACCCAGAAGAUACAGCGAAAAAGGCGAAAUUCCAUUGCUUCCACAUCACCUCACACGGGAGCUUUAGAAAUCUCUUUAAGAGAUUCUUUUGACACUGAGAUGAACUAUUCUACCGUAAAGUCGACUUUAUCAGCAUCUCAAAACAAUUCUAAACAGUUUUCGAACCAAAUCAGUAACAGCAAGAGUAGCAGCACUUACAAGCAACAAAAUGGGCAGCUAAGAACAUCGAUCGCUAGCCAAAAGGACAUAAAACAAAUAAUC